AUGCUCACUCACGAUCUUGAUAUCUCCGUACUUGGGGGCGUCGAAACCCUACAGCAACUGGCCCUGACAGUUUUCCUGCUGAUCCUAGUUUAUGUCUUGAUCAAUGAGGUGCUUUGCCAUAACCAGCAAAUUCCAGGGCUUGCGAUUCCACCAGUGCUUCCUCUUGUCGGCAACCUCCACCAGCUUCGAACAAAUGCAGCCCAGCAAUACCGUGAAUGGGCUAAAGAUCUCGGCCCAGUUUACCAAGUUCGACUUGGAAGUAUUCCAGUCAUGGUGAUCAAUAGUGCUGCUACAGCCAAAGUUAUCCUCGGACAUAACUCCCAGGCUACCGCCUCGAGGCCUCAGCUCUAUACAUACCACAAGCUUGUCUCUAAUACUGCAGGGACAACAAUCGGAGCUGCACCCUACAACGAAUCUUUAAUUCGUCGGAGAAAAGGUGCAGCCUCAGCUUUGAAUCAUCCCUCUGUCGAGACAUAUGUUCCACAUCUCGAUAUUGAAACUAAGGACUUUCUAGAAGGUCUUUUGAAAUAUGGAGACUCUGGGAGGAAGCCAAUCAAUCCUGUCGCUAUGCUGCAAAGGCUGAGUUUGUCACUUGCCUGCACGAUUAACUGGGGUACCAGAAUCAUAAGCCAUAAUGACCGAUUGCUUUCCGAAAUCACUCAUGUGGAAACCGAAAUCAGCCGGAUUCGAAGUACCACCGAUAAUCUGCGAGACUAUAUACCCCUUCUUCGUUUCAUUCCGUAUUCUUCUGGAAAACGGAAGGCGGCUGCGUACCGCCAAAGGCGUGACAGGUAUCUGGCAAAACUCAAUGGAGAACUCGAGGAACGGAUUAAGAAUGGGACGCACAAGCCAUGCAUUCAAGCAAAUGUUAUUCUUGACAAGGAGGCAAAGCUCAAUGAAGUCGAGCUAACAUCAAUCAGCCUAUCGAUGCUAUCUGGUGGCUUUGAAACUACUACUGCGGUCAUGACUUGGGCAAUUGCGCUUCUUGCUAUGAGGCCAGAUAUUCAGAGCAAAACUAUUACUGAAAUUCGGAAUAUGUACGGCAUCAAUGACCUGCUAUGCAAUGUAAAUGACGAUCAGAAGUGCAAAUACAUUGCUGCAAUUGCACGUGAGAGUCUGAGGUACUUCUCGGUUCUUCGUCUCUCGCUCCCAAGAUUAACGAAUAAAAUGUUUGUGUACGAAGGCAAGACGAUCCCUACUGGUACAACUAUCUUCCUAAACUCAUGGGCCUGUAACAUGGGUAAGAAUGACAACCCGGAAGAUUUCCAGCCCGAAAGAUGGCUGAAGCAUCCAAACAAGCCUAUCUUCACAUUUGGUGUUGGCUAUCGCAUGUGUGCUGGCUCUUUGCUGGCCUAUCGAGAGUUGUAUUUGACCUUUCUGCGAAUGCUUGCCGCAUUUGAGAUUGUAACUGACAGGCCGAUUGAAACGCAUCCAGUCAAAGGGGUUGCUGACCUGACCAAUCUGGUGAGCAUGCCAAGGGAGUAUGAGGUUCGAUUUGUUCCACGAAACCAGAGUGCUUUGCGGAAUUAUGCAGGGCCUGGAAGCAUCUUAGAUGUAUCUGAAGCGUUUCAGGUGGCAUGGGUCGUGAUGCGAUGGCCGCCAUGGAGCUCCGAGUCGACCAAUGACGAACAAAAACAAACACCCAGCUCCAGGCUCUCCUCCGCGGCGAACAACCCGAGCUCCAUCCUCGACUGGACAGCGUUCACAGAAUUCAGAACGAUUGUCCCAACCCUCGUCCUAACAAGCGGUAUUCUCAUCGCAGUGCGCUUCCACCGCCGCUACCUACGGCGCAUCCCCGACGCGCCUAGCAUCUCGUCCUCGUAUCUUCGACGGCGGAGCAUCUUCGGCCAAGUCACCAGCGUCGGCGAUGGAGACAAUUUCAGGAUAUUCCAUACACCGGGUGGCCGCAUGGCUGGAUGGGGCUGGCUACCGUGGAAGAAGGUUCCUACCCUGAAGAAGGAUCUGAAGGAUAAAACCAUCCACAUCCGCCUCGCUGGCAUCGACGCCCCAGAACUAGCCCACUUCGGCCGCCCCGAACAACCGUUCGCGCGCGACGCACACACCUGGCUAACAUCCUACCUGACCAGCCGACGAAUCCGUGCUCUCGUUCACCGGCAAGACCAAUACUCGCGCGUGGUAGCGAGUGUCUUCGUCCGGCGCGCAUUUGACUUCCCUCCAUUCCGUCGGCGGGAUGUUUCGUAUGAGAUGCUGAAGCGUGGCUUAGCGACUGUCUACGAAGCAAAGGUUGGCUCUGAGUUUGGCGGUGAGAAGAUGGAAAAGAAAUACCGCAAGGCCGAGUGGUGGGCUAAGAAGCGAGCUAGGGGGCUUUGGAAGGAUUAUGGUCGUGUCGGAUCUGAUUGGGAGAGUCCGAGGGAGUACAAGAAUCGAAUGGGCAUGGGAGAUCCUGCUCCGAUCGAGAAGGGGAAUGGGAAAGGGAAGACUGGGAAGAAAUAG